AGACUCGGAUGUGACGUGUGGUUAGGCGCUGGCGGCCUGGCGCUCAGUUUAAAGAGUCUGGUGGAGCCUAACGUUUGGAUGGUUUGUGAAAGCAGCGGGUGUCCUGUGUGGGAAACUAAACAUGAGUGUAAAAAAAACUAAAUCCGUGAACAUGUCGAGGAAUAGUAUGCCACUGCGGGAUAUGCCCCUUUUAAGCGUUCAGGGAUCUUUGUUACAUCUGACUAAGAGGGGCAAUAAACGAAAGUCCAUGGGCUGCAACAGCGACGGCCUGGAGGUGGAGUGUACCCCCACAGACUGCAUCCAGCACUGCUCCCCCCUCCGCAAACACCAGCGGCUGCUCACCAGGGGCAAGGAGAAUGAAGACAACCAGUUUGUCAUCGCAAGGAGACCCAGAAGGAAUAGGGAGAUUUUAUCUGGCCUUUCAUGGGAUCACCUACCCGAUGAGCUUCUUCUGAAGAUCUUCUUCUACCUUCCUCUGCAGGAGCUUCUCAAGAUGGCUUCUGUCUGCAAACGGUGGCACCGCUUGGUGUUUGAUGAAUCUCUGUGGCACAGUGUGGAUUUGGAGGGUCUUGCUCACAUGGGCCCUGCUCUGCAGCACAUCCUGAAGACCGGAGUCCGCAGACUGCGCUGCCCACGUGCCUUUGUAGAAGAGCUGCAAUUCACAAGCAGUAGACCAUUACAAGUGAUUCAGAUGGAUCUGUCUAGUUCCAUUAUUCCGGUAGCCGCUUUGGAGGGUAUCAUUGCAAGUUGUACACAACUACAGAAUUUGAGUUUAGAGGGACUACAGCUGUCUGAUGCAAUCAUUCACUCAUUGGCCAAAAAUGACAACCUUGAACAACUGAACAUAUGUGGAUGCUCUGGUUUUUCUUCUGGUGCCUUAGAGGAGAUGCUCAAAACAUGCCAAAGGAUAUUACAAUUGAAUAUAUCAUGGUGCGACUUCACAAGUGAUCAUGUAAAAAGUGUGGUUCACAGUGUAAGUGCCUGUGUUACUCACCUGAACCUCAGUGGUUACAGAGAGAAUAUGACUCUUGAUGAUAUUAAAGUGCUGGUGUCAAGAUGCCAAAAGAUUCACAUUUUAGACUUAAGUGAUAGCACUCUUCUGAUGGUGGACAGUUUUCCAGUACUGGCUCAGCUCAAACACCUGCUGCAUUUGUCAUUGAGUCGCUGCUAUCACAUCCACCCAGCUGCUCUGAGUGAUUUGGCCAAAAAAAUCCCAUCGCUUGUUAAGCUUGACGUUUUUGGCCUCAUCAAUGAUAGCCACUUGCCUGCACUAAAAAAAGAAAUGCCACACAUCUCCAUCAACUCCAGGCUGUUCUCGACAAUCGCCCGACCAACUCCAGCUGGGAGAGCUGUAGGUCACUAUAGUGACUGUAGCAUGUGGAACCAGAAAUGCCGACUUAGGGUUAGACUGUGAUCAAAGUUAGUGUUUUUAAUAUGAGAUUGCCCGUGCACAGUGGAGGAGCAGUGUUUCUGUGGUUCUUGCUGCUAUUGGUUUAAUUAUGAAUUUGGAAAACGGCACUAAAUGGCAGAGUGACACUCGCAAGUGCUGACUAUUUCCAGCCUUUAGAGUUUUUCUUUUUACAUAGGAAGGUUUUUUUGUGUUUACUACAGUUCUAGUUGGAAUGUUAGAAAAAUUUUUUUAAAGUCUGUUGGGUUCUAAUAAUGUCCUUAAGUGAAAUGAGUAAAUUUUACAUUGUCCAGGAGUGUUACAACUUGUUAUAAAAAAUAUUUAAAAUUAAGUUACAGAGAGCCAAAUAUUCAAUGGUGAAUGCUCAUUCAGUGCUUUUCUAUAAGGCAUUGGUGCAUAAUGUGAGUGUGAGAUCUGUACCAACAGUUGCAAUUUUAAUCAGUAUUAGGGUAAUUAUUUUUAUCCGGAGGUUUUUUUUUUCUAUGCCCAUAAUGUGUAAAUUUGUAUGAGUUUUUUCCAAACCAUCAAAUGAAUUGUGGAAGAUUACCAAGUCUUUGAAAUAAAGUUCAAACUUGCAUUAACA